CAAAACAAUAAGUUUAAUCAUUUGUCAUUAAUCAUUAUAAUUAUUUAUUACAAAAUUGUUUACUUAUUGUAUUAAGUGCUUUAUCAGUUUGUUUAAUUUUGGUGUUUAAACACGUUAAUUUGUAGUUCUUUAUGUUUAUAAUGCUUGUGUAGAUAUUUAGGUGAUCAUUUGCAGUUUAUGCUUGCAAGCUAAAACUUAAAAUGAACAUCGAUAGUACAGCUAUAAACAUCCUCAAGCGAGGCGUAGAAUUUGAUACAAAAAAACGUUAUACAGAAGCUUUAGUAUGUUAUCAAGAAGGUUUACAAAUUUUAGUGGACAAGAUGAAAGGUGAAUGUGAUGAUGAUGUUAAGAAAUAUUUAAAAGUAAAAAUAGAAGAAUAUAUGAAUAGAGCUGAAACAAUUAAAAAGUUGGUUUUAAAACAGAAAGAAAGUGGUCAAUUCCAUGAACAAGUUCGGAUAGAAAAUAAUUCAACUGGCCAUAGUUAUAAAACACUAUUUGGUAGAUUCCUUGACGAAGAUGUUCAUUAUGUUAUAGUCGAAGAUCCUUAUAUAAGAAGUUUUCAUCAGUGUCAAAAUUUCUUAAGACUAUCAGAACUACUCGUAAAGUCUUGCAGUAAUUUAAGGCGAAUUGAACUUGUAACUACAAAAGAUAAUAAAUCUGAGGGAUCUCAGACAAAAUGGUUUACGGAAUUGAGAAAUGACUUAACAAGAUAUGAAGUAUAUUUUGUUGUUAAUUAUUCAGAUACAUUGCACGACAGACAAAUCAUAUUGAGUUCCGGGUGGAUAAUAAAAAUUGGAAGGGGGCUAGAUUAUUUCAAACCUCCAGAAAACAAAUUCUGUUUAGGUGUUUACGAUUUGGAUCUGAGACAUUGUCAUGAAACUACCGUUGAUAUAGUUCAUUCGAAACAUGUCAAACAAUCUUAUUGAUUUUAAAAAUCUUAUGUGAUAGAAUAAUUUUAAGGU